CAUCAACCUAAACACUUUGAAGCAACAUGAACUCAUCAAAUCUUGAUUGUGCCAACUUAAUACCCAAUGAGAUAUCCUGAAUAUGCACAAGUUCGGCGGGUGGUCUUCUUGGUCCAAAAAUAAUACGCCGCCAUGGACUUCACGCAAUCCAGAAAACCUCCCACACACUCCCAUAAUCGCCUCAUACUUCAAUUUGACUACGACUGCUUCUAUGCCCAAGUCCAUACCAUUCUCAACCCCUCGCUGGCACCACCUGGCACACCCCUUGGCAUCAAGCAGAAGAACAUCCUUGCAACAUGCAACUACGCCGCCCGCGCCCGAGGCGUGAGGAAACUCAUGCUCGUGACUGAGGCUAGCAGGCUGUGUCCUGAAUUGAGACUUGUCGAUGGAGAGGACUUGACGCCUUUCCGGGACAUUAGCAAGAAGCUGUUUGGAUUUGUCAGGGGCUUCAGCUGGUGUGGACGUGUAGAACGACUGGGCCUUGAUGAGAUCUUCAUGGACGUGACCGACCUGGUAGACCACAACAUUUCAUGCCUCAACCGAAACGGUCUGGAGAGCUCGUUCUUCUAUCUCUCCAAGCAAGACCCCGAGAAAGGCUUCCCGUGCGACCUCACAACGUUCGCAGGCAUGGUCGAAGGCGAGGUACCGGACAAACCUAACUAUGACGACGUUCGGUUUUUACGCUUACUCCUCGGCUCACACCUUGCUUUGUAUCUGAGGACAAGAAUCGAAGAUGACUACGGAUAUACUUCAACAUGCGGAGUAUCAACAAACAAAGUUUUGAGCAAGCUCGUAGGCGCGAGGCACAAGCCUCGCAAUCAGACCACCUUGCUUGCCCUCACCGACGACGAUGUCACAAAUUUCAUGGACGAUCUCAAGCUACGCAGCGUGCCAGGGAUCGGAUUCAAGAUGGCCUCAAUAUUAGAGAGCCAUCUGACCGGACAUAGUCCUCCCGAGAACUCUCACGAGUGCGAGUCCAAGUUGAAAGUCGGACAGGUGAGAAAAUCGCCAAAAAUAUCACCGGCCUCCCUUGAGAAAAUGCUCUCUGGACCUGGCGCAGAGAGGGGCGCCGGAUCGCGCAUAUGGCAACUUCUUCAUGGCGUGGAUCCAUCGGAAGUCAAAGAAGCGAGUGACGUCCCUUCACAGAUUAGCAUCGAAGACACCUACAAAGGCCUUUCGACAAUGCCCCAAAUCAUCGAAGAGCUCCAUAAGCUGUCCCAUUCGCUGCUAAGGAGAAUGAAAAUUGAUCUCCUGACCCGAGGCGAUGGCGCUCUCGCGGAUGCAGGCGAACAGCGCUGGCUGGCCAGGCCACGGACUCUUCGCCUGUCCAUCAGGUCGUGGCACAACAUGCAUGCCCAAAACUACCAGCGCGCCUCGCGGUCCGGGCCUCUGCCCAACUUCGUCUUUGAUCUGCAGUCUGACAUGGAACACUUGGCGGAGCGACUCGUGUCAGAAGCUUUGCUGCCGCUGCUACGCCGCUUGUCCAGCGAAAAGGGACCCAAAUGGAACCUACAGCUGAUCAACAUUUGUGCCGCAAACAUGGUCAUGGGAGCAGCCGAGGACAGGCCUGGAGUGGGUCGAAACAUCGCCAGUAUGUUUAAACACCAAGACGAGGCUCUGCGCCCGUGGCGGGUCAUGCAGGACGGGAGCGACGUGGACGAUGAAGAGACCGGUGAAAGAAAUAGUCCCCCCCAAGUCCAGGACCCUGAAGAAACACCUGCGUCUGACACUGAGGGUGGUUGGGAAGAGAGCGAUAAUGAUUCGUGCCCGCAAUGUGGCCACGCAAUACCGGCUUUUGCACUGGCUGCGCAUCUCAGGUAUCACGAUCUUGAAGAAUGAGAGAUACUUUGACGCUGGGGUGAAUGAUCUUCAACAUCGCAGGACGGAGUUCUGGAAACUUAUAGGCAACGAACGGUGCUUGCACAUAAAGUGGACGGUGGCAGCCUGUACAGCCCCUGGAUUGAAUACCCCUGACGAAAAGCGCUAGUCGCGCACUUGAACAACAGCUUGGUCCAGGUGUAUUGCCUCCUCACGAAACACGAGAAGAUUUGGAGAACAAG